UUCUUCCCAAAUAGUCUUGUGUGAUGUAAUACUAUUAAAAAACUUUUAGGACUAAUAAAACACUUUUAAGAACACAUUAUUGUUGUCUGAACUGUCAAAGUUCACAUCCAGGUGUGAUGGCAGAGCGAGGAGCGCAUUUGACCACAGCGGCUCCCGCUGAAGACAGGCCGUCUGUGUUUGAGGUUUUAGCGCAGGACUCACUGAUGGCCGCUGUCAAACCUGCAUUACUGCAUGCUGUCAAGAUCCUUGCUACAUCCAACCCUGCUCGCUAUGGAUGUCUAUGGAGGAGGUUUGAUGAGAUUUAUGCUACCCUGGAUAUGUUAUUGCAGCAUCAUUUCCUUUCCCGCACCAGCGCCUCAUUCUCAGAGAACUUCUAUGGCCUGAAGCGUGUAGGAGCAGACGGGACACGUGCUGCCCAUCUAGGGCUCCUGCGCAGACAGCACUGGCGCUCCUUGCUCCUCCUGGCCCUCCUUCCUUACCUGCACACCAAACUGGACAAAGUCCUGGCUCGACAGAGAGACGAAGACGAUUUCUCGAUCCGCUUGCCGCAGUCCUUCAUGCAGAAGUUGUACAGGGCUUUUUUAGCUGCGUACCCCUUUGUGUGCAUGGCCUGGGAUGGCUGGGUCUUUUGCCAACAGCUUUUGUAUGUUUUUGGCAAAACACGGACACAUUCUCCGCUUCUGUGGCUGGCAGGGGUUAAACUCUCAUAUCUCACGGCCAAUGACAUCCACAGCCUGGAUCUCAAGCCAUCAGGCCCGGCACUGAGCCCCAGCCAAAGCUUUGUUGAGAAAUGUCAGCGUCUGGCCUCUACAGCAGUUGGCGGUGUGGCUGUAUCUCUUUCAACCAGCCUUUCGAUGGGAGUGUUUUUCCUGCAGUUCCUGGAGUGGUGGUAUUCAUCCGAGAACCAGAGCACGGUUAAGUCCUUGACCUCCCUUCCGACCCCUCCGCCACCUCUCCACCUCCACAGCCAGGAGACGUCACUCACACACAUCAAAGUCUGCCCGCUCUGCAGGAAAGUGCGCACCAAUGACACUGCCCUCGCCACUUCAGGCUACGUGUUUUGUUACAAGUGUAUAUAUGUGUAUGUCAAAGCCAACCAGAGGUGUCCCCUCACCGGCUACCCUUCAGGACUGCAGCACCUCAUUAAAAUAUACUCACCCGAUGGAUAGACUGCUCAAAUACGGAAAAAAUACAAAUGUUUUUCAAGAUG